UUCUCCUCUUCGCCAGUGUGGUUGCUUCUCUCUCUCUCUCUCUCUCGCUUGCGCCCAAAGAUUUGCCCCACAGACCCAGUGAAAUUGUGAGAUAGACAUUAAAGAUAGCUCUAACAGACGCGUGUGUGGUUGCUGUGCCUUAUAUUAAAACUAGCUCUCUUUUUCUCUCUCUCUCUCUAAUUUUACCCCAUUUUUUAAUUAUUUCCACACCUCAUUCUCUCUCUAUCUCUUUUUUCUCACUUUCUUUAAUUGCUACGGCCGUCACUGCGUCACCUACACCGCAGCACACUUAAGGAUGGGGUGUUUUGGGAGCAAAGAGAAGCUGUCAAAGGAAGAUCUAGAAUUCCUGAAACAACAUACUCGCUACGAUGAACAAAUGAUUAAGGAGUGGUACAAAGGAUUCAGGCAAGACUGCCCGAGCGGCCGCCUCACUCCAGACAAAUUUGUUGACAUGUACAAGAUGUUCUUCCCUUCUGGCAACGCUGAAGAGUUUUGUGACCACGUCUUCAGAACAUUUGACAUGGACAAGAACGGCUACAUUGACUUUAAGGAGUUCUUGCUGGCUAUAGACGUGACAAGCGCUGGCACACCUGAAGAGAAGCUUAAGUGGGCCUUCAGAAUGUACGAUGUGGACGGUAACGGCGUGAUAGACGUGUCCGAGAUGACCAAGAUCGUGCAGGCAAUUUACGACAUGCUGGGCACGAACUCCGCCAGCCGGCCAGCAGACAGUGCCGAGGAGCGCGCCAAGGCCAUCUUCUCUAAAAUGGAUGAGAACAAUGAUGGAAACUUGACACAAGAGGAGUUUCUAAAGGGUUGCUUGCUGGAUGAGGAGCUGUCAAAGAUGCUUACCCCCGGAGCCUAAUGCAGCCCUUAGAAAGCCCCCUAAAACCCUUCAUUUGUGGGGUGUAAAGCCUCAAAUGUUUUUCCUCUAUUGUAUUGCCCUGAAUCUUACGCCCUUGUCACAGUACAGCGUCACCACAGCCUCUUAACUCGCCACAGUGGAAACAAAUAGUGUGGUACAUUUCAACGUUUGAAUGGUGGUAUACUUUCGUUCUUUUCGUGUUUUAAAUGACCAAAUGUUAUGUUUUGGUGUUAUUUAUUUGUUCUGACCCCUCCCCUCCCCCCAUCUCCUCUCCCUGUCUGUCUGUCUGAUGUGUGGCGCCUGGAAACGUUAGGAAUCGUUCUGUACUUUUCCGAUAAACUUUUUCCCUCCUGUUCUUGUUCUUGUUCUGCCAGUUUUUACAGCCGUUCGUCACCGCGUAUAUGCAAAUCGUUACGCUGCGGAGAACACGUCUGAAUGCGUAACGACAAGUCUGUGCUGCCGCCGCCGCCGCCGCCGCCACCACCACCACCACCAUCACCACCACAGUAAAUUUAAAGUAAUGUGAAGUUUGGUUUCUUUUUCUGGCUUUCACACGUCUCACUUUUCUCAUCUUGCUACAAGACUUUUAGGUUUUUUCUCGUUUUCUGUUCCGUUUUGCGUUUCUCCGUGUAGAGUUAAAUAACGUAGUUUUUUCGAGACCAGACUGGGAUGCAAAGUAGUAAACAAAACAAAAAAUACAUAUAUAUAUACAUAUAUAUAUACCGUAGAACAUUACUAUUAAUACUAUAUGAUAAAAAACAAAAAAAAUAACAGGAACAUUGUUUGUUGAAAGUCACUCUUGAAUGAAAGACCUUUUGAAUUUCUCUUUUUUUUCAUUUAUUUUAUUUUACGAGUUUUUGGAAAUGCACAAAUUUUUGAAACGUUCUCUGAUCUUUAAUUUCUGAGCAUUUGUUUUGUUAUUUUGUCAUUUCUUUUGUUUGUUCAUGUUUUGUAGUAGCAGUGGAUUGACAAAGGUGACGGAAGACUGAGUUAUCCGAUUACUUGAACACCGGCCCAGCUAGUUGUCUUUGGGUGGGUUUAGGUUAGGUUAGGUUCAGUUAGGUUGGGUUAAAUUGUUUUCACUAAUUUAAACCAAACUUAAUCUAAUGAUUAUUUGAAGUUAUAUUAGGUUAGGUUUGGUUAGAUUUGAUGAGAUUUAGUUAGGUUAAGUUUGUUGAUUUGCCUAAUCUAAACUAUUAAAUUCUUUCCACCAAAACUUACAUUAUAUUAGAUUAGGCAAAGGCCAAACCAGACCAAACCAAACCAAACCAAACCUAACCUAACCCAACCCAGCUUAACCCAACCCAACCCAACCGAAAAAUAAUAAAGCUGGCUGGUGAAAAAAAGGACAAAAAGGAGUUAUCCCAAGCAUUAUUAAUCCUUUCCAGUUAUUUGAAGUAAUCCUUUCCAUAAAAUAUACAACGACAAAGUUAGGAUAUUUUGCGAGUCCCAUUCUCUCUCUCUGUCUCUCUCUCUCUCUCUCUCUGUCUCUGUCUCAUCGCUCAAACCUCAUGAAGAUUGAAAGAUUUAGAAUUUUGAAUAUAUAUUACUGUUUGUGAAUACUACUACUACUACUACUACUACUACUACUACUACUACUACUACUACUACUACUACUACUACUACUACUACUACUACUAUUACAAAUAACCUUACUCUGUUUCACUCCUUUAUCAUUCAGAAUAUGCAUUAUCUACUACUACUACUACUAGUACUACUACUACUACUUCAUUCCAGCCUCUAGUUAAGUAAAUUUUCAUAUUCCACUUAUUUUUUUAAACUUAAGCAUUCCCAUUCAGUCAUUCCUACUUAUUUAAGUGUCCCUUUUAACUUACAUUCCUUCCUUCUCCUCUCUGUUAUUCUUCUCUCUCUCUCUCUCUCUCUCUCUCUCUCUCUCUCUCUCUCUCUCUCUCUCUCUCUCUCUCUCUCUCUCUCUCUCUCUCUCUCUCUCUCUCCCCUGUUUUUGUUUUGUUUUUCUGUUUUUUCUUUCAUAUCUUUCUCUCUCAUCUCUUUUUUUUUUUACAUUUUUUCUCAUUUUAUUUUUCUCUAUCUCUUUGACCUCUUUCAUUCCGCGCUGUUAUUUAUUUUUUUGUCUCUUCUUUAUCGUCCCUUUUUCUUCUCUUUUCCACAUUCUUUUUUGUCUUGUCUUUAUUCCUGACCUUUCGUUUGCUUCUUUUUCACAGUCUUUCAUUCAACACAGCGUUUACAUUUUCACCUCUCUCUAUUCCAUCCUUCACUCCUGUUUCUUUAUCUGCUUUCAUACAACAGUGUCGCAAUUUUAUCAACAUCUCUCCCUUUCAUCACAGCUCUCACUUUUCCUCUCAUUUCACUGCUGUAGAAGUCACAAUUGGACCAGAGUUAGGAAUAUGCAAAGAAUCACAUUUCCUUGUCCUCCUCUUCCUUCCUUCCUUCCUUUUUCCUCAAGUCACUCAUCCAAACUUCAAUAUUUCAAUCUGCUGUUUUGUUUCCAUUCCUUCGCUGUUUGUGGUGUUUUUCGCUCCCUGCAGUGUCCACUUGUUCCUUCCUCAGCAUUUAGCGAGUCCCGUGGCAGGGAAUUGUGGGUAUUGUGUCUGUGGGGGUAAAAAGAUGCUAUACUGUGUUUUUAGCCAGGUGAGGACACAAGGGAUUAGUAACACUGUAGCUCUGUGUUGCAGUGUUACCAUCUCCGUGUCCUGCCUCACUGUCACUUGAUGCAGUUUAGGUGAUAAUACAGUUUACUUAAAUUUUACUUGAUAGUAGUGGAAUGAAAAGAAGAAGAGGGGAAGGAAAGGUGUGGAUUUCAUAAACAAGUGUAGAUGUUGAUCACCCAUUGCUAAACAGGAGGAAGGAACAAAAAGAUGAACACACACACACACACACACACACACACAGAGGAAACAAAACACAAGGAAAAUAAUGAGAAAAAAACUCAAAAACACAUACAAAAAACAAAAAACACCACAGGAAAACAACAAAAACAAAAACAAAAAACACUACAGGAAAACGAAAAAAAAAACUGCAGGGAAACGAAAAAACCCACAAAACAAAAAAACAAAACAAAAACCACAAAAAAAAAACAAACCCAAAACAUUUCACCUCAGAUCUUUACAAACUUGAUCCUUCUACCAACCCCCUUGUCCCUCCCCGCCCCCAGCCCCUCUGCCCCCCGUCACCCCCUCUGUGAUAUGGUUGUUUCGCGAUCCAGGGUGUCUUCAGCUUGUCUUGGCACUUGGAAGGCACUGAAGAAGGGAGUGCCACUGGGUCGGAUGUAGUUAAUGAAUACUGCUUGCGUCAUUAACUUGCUGGGUUCCCGAGAGUUUUGUUGCCCCAUCAUGGCUGAGGGACUUCAAUAGGCCGCAGUGGAGAGUUAGGUUUCUUUGGGGUUUUCAAGGGUGUUUGGCGGGUUCUUAUUUUUUUGUGGGGGGAAGUUUAAUGUAUUUAUGGGUGUUUUCAAGGGUGUUUUUUUAGGUUUCAAGGGCAUUUUCGGGGCUUUCAAGGUGUUUUUUUAUUGAACUGGGUGUCUUUGAGGUUUUCAAGGUGUUUUGGGGUUCUAAUGGGUGUGUUUUCAAGGUGUAUUUUAGAUUUCAAGAUUGCAGUGGUAGUUUCAAAGGUUCUAGUGGAAGUCAUUGGGGUUUACAAGGGGCUUCAAGAGUUUUAGUGCAGGUUGUAGAGGUUUUCAAGGAUUUUUUUGAGUUUUGUGAUAGUUUGACAGGCUGUAGUGGAAGCUAUUGAGGUUCUCAUGAUUCCAGUGAUAGUUUCAAAGGUGAGAAUCAUUAAAGUUCCCACCAUUUUCAAGGACAUUUUCACAACCACAACAAAACUCAAGCACAUGACAGCGAAAAAACACCCUUGAGAACCUAACCUAAUUAUCCCUGUGGCCUCUGGAAGCAGUCAUGGUGAGGGGGAACAGUCUAGAGAACUCUGGCCUCUCUCUCUCAACUAUUCAUUGUGUUAGUGUGUGUGAGACUGACUUAUCUUGGACCAAAGCUUGAAUUAUUAGAGUGCCAAGUAUGCCAGCCCUCAGAAGUGGUGUCUGUGAGAUUUGUGUGUCUAAGGGGGAGAAAGAGAAUUAGUGAAGUCUUUUUGAGGUUUUGGGUAUUAAGAGAAGAGAUGUGGUAAAGUGAAGGACAGAUAAUUAGCGAUGUAUCCUAGGUUUGUGUCUAAAGGGAGUGAAAUAGUGAAGUUAAUGAAUUGUUUGUGAGUUUUGGAUAUAAAGAGAGAGAUAAUUAAUGAAGUGUGAUGUCUAAAUAGAGGGCAAGAAUUGAUAAAGUGACUUGAGUAUUGAGUUUAAAAGGGAGAGAGAGAAUUAAAGUGUCUUGUUUGUGUCUAAAGGGGAAGAAAAUUAAUUGCUUGUGAGUUUUAGGUCUAAAGGAGAGAAAUAAUGAAGUUCGGAAGAGAAUUAGAGAAGUGUUUGUGAGAUUUGGGUCUAAAGAAAAUUGUUUGUGAGUCUUGAGUGUAAAGAAGGGAAAUAAUAAGGUUAGGAAGAUUAGAGUAGGAAGAGAAUUGAUGUUUUGAUGUGUUGAAGUGGUGUGGCAUUGUAUUGACCAAGGGAAAAGUGAUGUGUGUGACUGGUGGUGGCUAAUGUGCUGCUACUACUACUACUACUACUAUUUCAGUCAUCUAUCUAAAUAUGUAUCCACCAUCACCACCACCACCACCACCACCACUACAAGACAAGAGACAAACACUCAAGCACCCACAUUUUUUUACCUGGCAUGUUUCAAAUCAACAAACAGCACCACUUCUCAGGGCAGCCGUACAGAAAAGCACACAAAAAAAAAAAAAAGGAAGGAAAAAGAAAAAAACAAACAAGCAGAGGUUUUAUUAUGCUAGUUUGUGCGUCUGUCUGUGUGUUACUCAAUUCCGUAGCGAGAUAUAAAUAUUCCGAGAUCGACAAAGUGUUUUAUAUACCAGCAUUUCGUUUGGCAGGUUUCAGUAGAGUGUGUGCGCGUGUGUGUUUGUCCGCGCGCGUGUGUGUAUGUGUGUGUGCAUAUGUGAAGUAUUUAUCGGAGCUUGCAUUUCUUGUCUAUACUUUUCACUUUAGCCGUCGCCCUUAUAGUUCUUAAAUCUCGACGCGCUGACUUCACGAGUGUCUCCGGUAGUGUUGCGCAUUGUUCAGUGUCCAUUAUGAUUACUUGAAGACUGUAGUGGCUGGACGAAUCUUUUGUUUACCCGUGUGAAUAACUGUUUUCAUUACCACUUGAAGACUUAUUAUGAAGAAUUAUUUCCUUGUGUGAAUAAUUACAUAACUAUUAUUAUUACAACUUAAAGACUGUAAUAUGAACACAAACUUUUUUUUAUAUAUAUAUAUUUUUUUUGUUCCCUGUGUGAAUAGUGGAUAUUGUCAUCAGUACUCAAAGAAAGACUGUUAUGAAGACAAACUGUUUUUCCUGUGUGAAUAACUGUUAUUAUUAUUACUACUCAAAGAAGGACUGUAGCAUGAACACCAGCCAUUUCUUUUCCUGUGUGAAUAACUGUGUCACUAUUAUUAUUACUUAAAGAAUGUAGGAGGAAGAUGAAUUGGUUUUUUGUCCCCUGUGUGAAUAACAUUGUAAUUAUUAUCAUUAUUAAGAGACUGGUGAUCCAUUUUUUCUGUGCAAAUAACGAUGUAAUUGUCGUUAUUUACACACCAUUAGAAAACAAGCAAACUUUUUUUUUCAGUGCAAAUAACCGUGUAAUUAUGACCAUUAUUACUUAUAUUUACAGACACUUAGAAGACAGGUGAACACUUUUCCUUCUGUGCAUUACUACUUAAUGAAAAACUGUAGUAGGAAGAGAGACAAAUAAUUUUUCCCUGUAUGAAUAAUUAUUACUGUUUUAUUUAAGACUGUAGUAGCAAGACGAACAAUUUUUUUAUUGAUCUAUUUUAUUUCUUUUCCUGUGCAUAACUACUAAAAGACUUGUAUUGUAGCAGGGAAGCAAACCACACUAUGAUUUCCUCCCUCUGUCCAAAUAACCAUCAUCACUACCACUACCACCACAACAAUAACAAACAAACAAAAACAAACAACAACAAACAAUGACAGUUCCGUUCGUCCAUUUGUUUGUGCAUCCGUUCCUUUCAUUUAACCUUUUUUUAUAUUCAUGUUUACUCUUUAUUUUUUUAUCAUUAUUAUCCUUUACUUCGCUUGGCUCAAAUUCUUCUAUAGACAAUCUACACAAAUAAUUGUAAAUAUUGUAGCAGGGGAGGGACCCAUUCUUGCCUAGCACCCGCCCCGCACCCCCUCACCCCACCCUUCAUCUUCUGGGGCAGGGAGGGACAAGGCUGGCUGGGGAUGAGGAGGAGAAGGAGCAGGAGAAGGAGGUGGAGGAGGAAGAAGAGGAAGGAGGAGGCCCAGGGGAAGAGUGAAAGCAGAUUUUGGUGUGUUAAGAGGAGAAAUGAAGAGGAGGAGGAGGCCCAGGGGAAGAGUGAGGCUAGAUUAAGGUGUGUCAGGAAGAGGAGGAGGACAGAAUCUAAUUAGGGUGUGUUUCAAUACAGUUAAAGAUGUCAAAUAUGGUCAUAAGACAGGAAAGAUACAUUUUAAAGGGGCCACCAGUCUUAUUGCUCUCGUUAGAUGAUGGAAUGUGUGUGUGCGUGCGUGUGUGUGAUAUAAGGAGGGUUUAGGGUACGGGACGCACACACACACAGAUUAAGAUGAGAAGAGAUGCAGUGAAAGGGUCACCAAUGUUUUUGUGAGAUGAAGAGUUAUUGGUGAGAAAAGUUGAUGCAGAGAGAGGCUACACACACACACACACACACACACACACACACACACACACACACACACACACACGGGUUUGUUGGCAUUGUGUGGUGUGAUGCAGGAGUGUUUCAAGAAAGGCCAGACACUCACACACCCAGUUUAUGACGUCAAAAUAUUAAGUGUUCACCAGCAUCUCCCCAGCCCUCCUCUCCCUCUCCUCUCCCAACUCUCACCAAAUGAUACAUGACGUGUCCUCUUCUCUCUCACUCCGACUCUCCCUCUCCCUCUCUCUCUCUCUCUCUCUCUCUGGUGGCGAGUGCUUAGUUAAUAAUAAUAAUAAUAUUAAUAAUAAUAAUAAUAAUAAUAUUAAUGCCGAUAACAAUAAUAAUAAUACUACUACUACUUCACAAGACAGUUUGGAAGCGAAAAUCUGUGUGUGACUUAGAAUAGUUUUGUUAAGAUAACCCCCAAAAAUACCACCCCCUCCCCCCUUAACCCCCUCCGCAACCCCCCCCAGAUUCUGUCGCUGUGGGUCUAAAUGAGAAGUUUAGCAUACUCUUCCCCCCCAUCCCAUAUCCCCCCCACAGGCUACAGAUGGCCAACUCCCCCUCCCUCCUGCCCACCUCUCUCCCUCCCAUCUUAGGGACCCCCAGCAACAGCCCCCCCUCUGCCCCAGUCUCUGUAGCUGUGGUGUGUGUGUGUGUGUGUGUGUGUGUGUGUGUGUGUGUGUGUGUGUGUGUGUGUGUGUGUGUGUGUUGCAGUGUCUGGAUACAUUGUUAUCAUUAUUGUUUUUGUUUUGUUUUGUUUUGUUUUGUUUUUGUGUGUGUGUGUGUGUUUGUUUGUGUCAUUAUCUUUGUUUUUUCUUGUUAUUUUGUUUUGUUUCAUUCAUGUUCAUUUGUUAUUAUUGUUAUUAUUAUUAUUUUACUUUUUUCUUUUCUCGGUAGUUUCUCAGUAACAAUAAUCAUUCUCUUUCUCUUUUCAUUCGUUCAUUUAUCAUCUCUGUUCUUAUCAUUCAUCUUAUUCAUUCCGUUUUUUCAUCUUUUCAUUCUCAUCAUUAUAAUCUUUUUUUAAUCAUCUCAUCUUUUUGAUCUACUUUUUUUAUUAAUUUCUUGAGUUUUUUUUUAUUUAAUUAAUUUCUUCAUUCAAUAAUUAGUGGUGUGUUUUGUGAAUGGCUGUGUGAUUAACUUUAUUAUGUAUUUUUCCUUUCAUUCAUCUUGUUUAUGCUCUUAUCUCCUCUUUUUCCUCUUCCAUCUUUAUCUCAUUUUCUUCUUUCUCCUCUCUUCCUCAUUUGCCUUCUCUUUCUUCUCUUCUGUCUUCUCCUUUUCUCAAUUGUUUUCUUUCCUUUUCUCUCCUCCUUGUUUUUCUCUUCUCUUUUACUUCCAACUCUAUUUGUCAUUAUUAUCUUCACUUCCCAUCCUUUCUUAAUCAUCAGUUCUUCUCUAUUCCUUCCUCUUUCUUUCCUGUUUUGAUCUAUCUUCUUGCCCCUCCACAUUCAUAAUUCAUUGUUAAGUCACCCACACCUCAUCAGUCAGUCAGUCAGUCAGUCAGUCAGUCAGUCCAACGUAUCCUAAUAACGAUAAUGAUAAUAAUUUACAAGGAAAAUAAAAAAGAUGUGUAACAAGAACAAUAUUAAAAUGCAAUUAAGUUUAAGCUUAGGAAGAAAAAGAAGGAAAAAAAAUAUAACAAAGAUAACUAGUAUUUUAAAAUAUGGAUUAGUUUGAAUUUAGAGGGAAAAAACAAUAAAACUAAUAUAUGUACGUAUGUAUGUAUGUAUGUAUAUAUGUAUGUACUAUUUCUAUCUGUGUAACAACGGUGGCUAUUUUUAAGACACAAAUGACCAUCAGUUUCAAAGCUGGGACAUUCAAAAGUUAAAAUUCGAAACCUUUUUUACAUUUUCAAAACCUGAAUGAACAUCAGUUUCAGGAUGUCACAAAACCAUAAAAAAAAAAAAAAACAUUAUAUGACCAUUUUAAAAAGUGUAAAUGAGUACCAAUUUCAAAGCCAAGAUGCUCAAAAAUCACGUCGACUCAAAACAGGAGAAUGUAACGUAGCAGAGAUGACGAGACGUGAUGUGUCGUGACGUGACAGACUGACGCCAAAGAAUCACACUUCCCAUCAACCGUCAUUAGGUCGUUAGUGUGUUGCUAGUCGUUUAACCUCUAACGACACACUUAACAGCCUCUAGUCAGCCUGUCUGAGUGUGUCCACCUCCCUCACACACACACACACACACACACACACACACACACACACACACACACACACACACACACACACACACACACACACACACACACACACACACUCGCCACCCACCACUAGCUAAUCUUUCCUAUGUACUUCGGUUACACAAGCCUUGUUGAACCAUAAACUUAUAUAUAAAGAUCUUUGUGUUUUUUCCAGUAAUAAAAAUAAAUGAAAUUUU